AUGCAAGAUCUUCUAUGGCUCAGAUCUCUUGUAGUGAUUCUUCAUUAUGCAAAUGAUCUGGUUACAAAGGGACUUGUAAGCUAUGACACACUCACACUUGCCCUAACAAAUGGUACCAAAGCUGCAUUUCCUGGGACUGUGUUUGGCUGUGGAUAUGAUAAUGGUGGCGUUGAGGUUUCUUCGCAGACAUCUGAUGUUGUUGGCCUUGUGAAAGGUCAAUUCUCGUUGAUCUCUCAAAUGGGUCCUUCUUUUAAAUGCAAAUUUCCGUAUUGUUUGAUUGAUCCAUUCUUUAGUAGUGACUUGUCUGGUAAAUUGAGUUUUGGUCAAAGUGCCAAGGUUUCUGGACCUAGGACUGUGUCCACCCCCAUUGUACCAACGGUUCGAAGCAAUUUAUAUUACCUCAGUAUGGAAGGAAUCAGUGUGGAAGGCACCAGGCUAAACUUUAUUGCAGUUGAUAAUGUUUCAAGCUCAAACAUGAAAGCAAUGAGGGAGGGCAGUACGAUCAUAGAUUCAGGGACAACAACACUAACUGCGUUGCCACAAGAGUUUUCCUGCAAAUUUGAAGAAGUUGCAAAAGUGGUUGACACUAAAUCAAAACGUGUUAACAGCCCAGUAAAACGUUUGAGCCUUGCUCUUCGGCCUUUUGCUUCAACUUCAGUUGUUGAUGUUGAAAUACUCCAACAACUUCCAGUUCCCGGCGGCGAACAAACCAAAGCAAGGCAAGAAGCUCGGAGGAGUGCUAUAAGUUUGGACCCAACGAUUGUUUCUUCAGCUUCCAAAAUGCUCGGAGCUACUGCAACUUCCACUGCAUUGCGGCUUCAACCACCAUUCAACUUCACCAACGGCAAUUCUGUUCCCAGAAUUGGCUUUCUCACAACAAGUUCAAAAUCAAGACUUCAAUUGAAUCAUCUGCAUUUCUCUUUCUACAGAAGUAGCAGACAACAAACCCAUUUCCAUAAAGUAGCUGCGUCAUCUUCAUCUUCGGCCAUAAAUGCAGAAUAUGUACAGGAACCAGCAACAAAAGUGAAAUUUGAGACAUCUUUGAGUUUGCCGGGUUGCUCAAAUUCAUUAACGCUCUUUGGAACUGGAUACAGAGAGAAGGUUUUUGCAAUCGUCGGCGUCAAGGUGUAUGCUGCUGGAUUGUAUCUAAAUCAAUCUAUCACAAGUCAGCUGAAUGCUUGGCAAGGGCAACCAGUAGAUGCGAUUCAAGGGAAUUCUUCCUUGUUCAAAACCAUUUUUCAAUCUCCCUUUGAGAAAUCAUUACAAAUUAUUCUUGUCAGAGAUGUUGAUGGCAAAACUUUUUGGGAUGCCUUAGAUGAUGCCAUCUCUCCAAGAAUUAAAGCACCAACACCAGAAGAUGCUGCUGCUUUGUCCACAUUCCGUAGUGUCUUUCAAAAUCGUCCUCUCAAGAAAGGAACUUUCAUAUUUUUGACUUGGUUGGACACCUCUAAAUUGCUUGUUUUUGUCUCAUUUCAAGGGCUUCCAUCUGCAGCGGAUGCUACAAUUGAAUCUGCAAAUGUUGCUUCUGCACUUUUUGAUGUAUUUUUUGGAGAUAGUCCUGUUUCUUCCACCUUGAAAGCUUCAGUGGCUGAUGGCUUAUCAAAAGUACUCAAGUAGAAGAAAGUAUAUUACAUCAUCAGGCAUUAUCAUAUAUCCGUUGUUUGUUGAGAUGAUGGCUCUGUUGUUUAAUGUAUCCAGGUCAUUUUCUAUGAACAGUUUGAAACUAUCAAACAAACCUUGCUAGAGAUGAGUGAUUGUAUUGCUCAUUACGCGAUAAUAUAUUGAUAUAAUUACC